GGCAGCAUGGCCGCUCCCGGCCUGGACACGGCGGGCGGCACCGCCACACGCUGGGCACAGGACGCGCUCGACAAACCGCCGGGGAGGAGGAGGCCUGCCCUCGCUUCCUUCUCCGCCUUCAGCUUCGUCCCGCCCAAACGGGAAGGGCCUGCGGAGCUCAGCUAUUUCAACCGGCUGCCCAAGACAGGAGAUUUUUUCACCUAUGAUGCCGUUUUUAAUAUACCAGAAGGUUACGACCAAUAUCUUCCACAAUGUGACAGAAAACACGCAAACGCUCGUGGCCUUAAAAUUCAUGAGGAGGAAAUGGCAAGAGCUGUUCCUGUGCGGACAUCUUCAGAGUAUGGGAAGUACGCACAUAAGACCUUAGACCCAGCAACCAGAGAGCAUGUAAGGGUUUGUAGUCUGCACGCAGCAAUCUAUGGGGAAGGCAGCCGCCCUGCUCAUUGAAAAAACCUUCAACAGGCCUGGAUUCAUGGGAAAUCUCUUGUAUCUGUCAUUGCCAACAACAUUUAUCUGGGAGGAAAAAAAAAAAAACCAAACACUUUGAAAAGCAAUAUGGUGCUUAUGCCUUCUACAUUUUAGUUAAUGAGAAUGAUCUAGAUUAAAAAUAGGGUGAAAUAGCA